AUGGCGACAACCGUCUACAACCUUCCUCUACAGGGAAAAAUUGCUCUCGUGACAGGCGCGUCUAGAGGUAUUGGCGAAGGCAUUGCACUGGAACUUGCAAACCGAGGCGCUUCAGUGGUACUAGCCUAUGCAUCGCCAAGAAGCGAGGAGAAAAUCAGCAACCUCACGGCAAAGAUCGGGGCAUUGUCACACAAGCCCGCUGUGCACGCGGUGCGAGCAGAUCUGGGCAGCGUCGAGGGCCCAGGAGAUAUCAUUGCCAACCUCUUGCAAUGGACGGACAACAAACUGCACCUUGAUAUCCUGGUUAACAAUGCAGGCGUAGAGCGCGUAAAGUCCCUAUCCGAAAUACAGGUUGAGGACUAUAACGCCGUCUACGACCUCAAUGUGCGGGGUAUCAUUCUGCUUACUCAAGCAGUCCUGCCGUAUCUAAACCCAAAAGCUCGCAUCAUCAAUCUCAGCUCUGUCGGUUCGCGCGCGGGUUUCAAAAAUCUGAGCCUUUAUAGCUCUUCCAAGGCCGCCCUCGAAGGUCUCACGCGGUGCUGGGCGGCGGAGCUUGGAGGCAACGGCACGACAGUUAAUUGUGUCAACCCUGGUCCUGUUCAGAGCGAAAUGCUGGAUAACAUUCCCAAAGAAAUAGUCGAGAUGCAGAAAGCACAGACACCAAUCCAGAAUCGUCUAGGCACCGUCGAGGAGAUCGCAGAUAUAGUGGCGGGACUUGCUGGUAAAGAUGGAGCAUGGAUCACAGGACAAGCCAUAAGUGCUAGUGGUGGCUCGGCUAUGUAUUAA